AUGGCUAUUUCACCAAGAGCUUGGAUCAUACUUCUCGCCUUUCCCCAUCGCCGAACUGCUCCUUGCCGCGCACCCCUCGCCCCACUUCCCUCAUCCCUCACUCUCCUCUUCCCUCACUCCCCUCUCUCCUCACUCCCCUCGCCCCUCAUCCUCUCUCCCCUCAAUCCCUUCGCUCCUCACUCACCUCAUCCCUCACUCCCCCGCCCCUCGCUCCCCUCUCUCCUCGAUCCCCUCGCCCCUCAUCCUCUCUCCCCUCACUCCCUUCUCUCCUCACUCCCCUCAUCCUUCACUCCCCCGCCCCUCGCUCCCCUCUCUCCUCACUCCCCUCGCCCCUCAUCCCCUCUCCCCUCACUCCCUUCUCUCCUCACUCACCUCAUCCCUCACCCCCCUUGCCCCUCACUCCCCUCCUCCCUCAGUCCCUUUCCUCCCUCCUACGUCAUUCCCCUUUCUCAUCCCCCUCCCUCCCUCCUCUCCGUCUGCGCCUCUUCCGUAAUCCCUCCCUCCCCUCCCUCUCCCAUCCCAGCAUCAACAGCAAGGAACCUCUGGGAUACUGGCUGCUGCUGGUGGGCUUAUUUUUUAGGCGCCUCAAAAAUCGUCCGAGCAUCAACAGCAAGGAACCUCUGGGCUGCUGGCUGCUGCUGGUGUGCUUUGCCUGCCUCUCCUCACUGCCCCUGUCCUGUCGUGCCUCCUUCCCCUUCCUCACUCCCCUUCAUCCCCCCAUCCCAUCAGCAUCAUCAGCAGCAGCAGCAUGGAGCCGCUGGGUUACUGGCUGCUGCUGCUUUCCUUCGCCUGCCUCUCCUCACUGCCCCUGUCCUGCAGUGCCUCAUUCCCCUUCCUCACUCCUCUUUAUUCCCCCAUCCCUGCAGCAUCAGCACUACCAGCAUGGAGCCACUAGGCUACUGGCUGCUGCUGGUGGCCUUUGCCCGCCUCUCCUCGGUCUACUUUGGUUACUUCAACCUCUGGGCUCUGCAGGUCGCCGUUUACUCCAAACGCACAAUGUCUGACGUGCACGGUCGCACCUUUGCCGUCUGGACAGCUGUCACCUGCACGCUCUGCAUCCUCUGUGCUCUGCAUCUGGACAGCCGCCCGCUCUACCUCGCCACACUCGCCUCCUUCCUCUUCGCCCUCCUGCACUUUCUGCUCGAGCUGCUCGUGUACAAGACCAUGACAGUCAAGAACUUUGCUGCUCCGUGCUUCUUCGCUUCUGUGGAGGAUUUCGCGAGCGAGAUUGACGGGCUCGAGCAGAAAUUGGAAACUCUUACUGUUGAAGCUGAAGACUCCUGUGCUUCUGCCGACUGUUCCAAAGUCAAGGACGAAAGCAACGUAUGUGCAAUCUGCCACGAGGGCAUUAUUCUUCAAGAAACUGGCUUCGUCAAGGGAUGCGAUCACUCAUACUGCAUUAACUGCAUUCUUCAGUGGGCUUCCUACAAGACCUAUCCUUGGUGUCCCCAGUGUCGCUUGCCAUUUUCAUCGCUCUACCUGUACAAAAAUAUUGAUGGGAGUGUGAGUGAUUUCAUGCUUGAAGAAACAGUGUGCUUGCUUCUCCGUGCUCCAUGGUACUCGCCUGUGGAAUUCGAAUACCACAAUGAAAUAGAGCACCCACCAGAGCUGGAGGAUUAUGAAGAAGACGAGGAGGACUAUUACCAGAACACGUUGCGUAUUGGCAACAGGCGAUGGGGUGAGAAUGGCUAUGUCCGCCGUGGUCGCGUAGAGGCGCGCCCUGCCCCUGCCCGCACGUCUGGUGCAGUUCAGAAGGGUCACAAUGCUUCCAAGGAGGGAGGGCGCAUUCGUCCUAGUAAAGGUGUGAGGAGCGGUAACAUAGCACUUACGAGAAUGGCGGCCAUGACAGUGACAUCCGCCUCUGCAGGCGUGUUGCCAGCUGUCUCCGCUGUGUGCCUGAAGGAGGAGAAGCUCUCUGUUGGCUCCUCUUGCACGCAGCUGAAAUCGGCUCAGGCAGGGUUUUCCGGGAAAUCGCUUCGCCAGCAGUCGCGAAGGACUUCGCGCAAAGCCGCUUCCCCAAAACAUGGAGCCCUUCAGGUUGCCGCGACCGCAGGCGCGUCAAGCGACGCUGAGAAGAAGCGGCUGCAGGCGAUGGUGGCGGAGAACGCGCGGCUGAAAUCGCGCCUGGCGGAGCUGGAGGGGGCUCUCUCGCUCGCCAUGCAGGGAGGCGGCGCCCCUGGCUCGCCUGCUGUUGCCUCUGAUGUGGCAACAGCUGCAUCACCAGCCUCAGCAUCCGUUGAAGUUAUAGAAGAGGCCGUAGGGUCCCCUCCGAAAAGACAAGCUGUGCCGGCCACUGCGACCGCCCAGCAGAUUAUCUGGCCGUCUCCCCAGGAGGAAUCGCCGUUCUGGAUGCGCUGGCCAACCAGUGAAGGAUACGUGGCAGCAGCAGAGGUGGCAAGCAGCGGGUCAACAGGGGACGGAGUUGUGGGAGAGAGGGACGCGGAGCGCCUACACAUUGUGCACGUGACUGCUGAAAUGGCUCCCCUGGCGAAAGUCGGAGGCCUGGGCGAUGUGGUAACAGGUUUGGGUCGAGCCUGUCUGGCGCGGGGCCACACGGUGGAGGUGAUGCUGCCGUUCUACGAGUGUUUGGACACCAAGCAGAUCGACAACCUGCAGCUCAAGCGCUCCUUUGGCUCCUACUUCAAGGGCGACUGGGUCGGCGUGGAGGCGUUCAGUGGGGAGAUCUCAGGCGUGCCAGUGGUGCUGCUGAAGCCGGAGAACCACUUCUUCAGGGGAGGGCGCAUCUACGGCGGCUCCUACAACGAGCUCGAGGCGUACCUCUUCUUCAGCCGCGCCAGUCUCGAGUUCCUGCAGGUGACGGGAGCGCAGCCGGACAUUCUGCACAUCCACGAGUGGCACACAGCAGCGGUGGCACUGCUCUACUGGGACAUCUACCACCAACUCAACCUGCAGAAGCCACGCUUGAUUCUCACUAUCCACAACAUGGAGCACCACGGGGAGUGCAGAUGGGAGCAGCUGGACAUGUGUGGGCUGGACGGGCAGUCGUAUCUCGACUCUGAGAAGGCUAUGGACGACCGCACAGUGGGCCACAACCCUGAGAGGCUGUCCAUGCUGAAGGGGGGAAUUGUGUACUCCAACAUUGUCACCACUGUGAGCCCAACCUAUGCCAGCGAGACUUUCUGCAACGGAUGGCUCGCCAACACCCUCCUCAAAUACCGCACCAAGUACUUUGGUGUGCUGAACGGGAUCGACACUGAGAUGUGGGACCCGCAAACCGACCCCCAUCUGCCCGCUCAUUUCUCACCCACCAGCCUGGCAGGCAAGAUGCUGUGCAAGCACUAUGUGCAGCGGGGCCUGGGCCUCACACCUGAGAUAACACCUGAGGCAGCAGAGAAGCUUGCAGCUGAUGCGUCAGCAGGGCCCGUGGCUGACUCAGCGCUGACUCAGCUGGUCACGGGGGAGCGGGCUCCAUUGGUGGUGUGCGUGACCCGUCUGGUGGCCCAGAAAGGCAUUCACCUUAUUCGCCACGCCAUCUACCAGACACACAAAUAUGGCGGGCAGUUUAUUCUGCUCGGCUCAUCGCCCGAUGGGCGUGUGCAGGGAGAUUUCGUGAAGAUUGCAGAGGAGUUCCAAGAUGGCGGCAGUGUUCGUCUCGUUCUCACAUACAGUGAGAGCCUGGCUCACCAACUGUUUGCGGCGGCGGAUAUGGUCCUCGUGCCCUCCAUGUUCGAACCGUGCGGCCUCACUCAGAUGAUCGGCAUGCGCUACGGCACGGUGCCGGUGGUGAGACGGACAGGGGGACUAGCCGACACAGUCUUUGAUGUGGACGAUGGGGGGAACAAAGAGAAGGCCAAUGGGUUUGUGUUUGAUGGAAUAGGGGAGGACGCACUUGAUUCAGCCCUCUCUCGGGCUGUCAAGUACUACAAGGACCGCCCUGAGUGGUGGCAGCAGCUGACGUCUACAGUGAUGAGCAUAGACAACAGCUGGAACAAGGCUGCUAAGGAGUAUAUCUCUCUCUACGACAGCAUCAGAGUGCGAUGGCCUUAA